AUGGUGCCGGAAAAGUAUGUCAAAAUUAUUCAGGAGAUGAACAGGAAUGUAUAUACUAGCGUGAGAAGCUGUGUUGGAGAGACAGGUGGAUUUGAGAUAGGAGUUGGAUUACACCAGGGGUCGGCACUUAGCCCAUUCAUCUUCAACAUCGUGAUGGAUGUAAUGACCAAGGAUGUUUGGGAAACAGUGCCAUGGUGCAUUUUAUAUGCAGAUGACAUUGUGUUGUGUUCAGAGAGGAGGGAGGAUAUUACUGAGGAUGGUGGAAAUAGCAUGAGAUUGGAUGCGGAAGAAAUAAAGAGAGUACAGAAGUUCAAGUACUUGGGGUCCAUAUUAGAAGAUAGUGGAAGUAUGGACCAAGAGGUGAGACAUCGAAUUCAUGCAGGAUGGAAUAACUGGAGGUCUGCAUCAGGGGUCCUCUGUGACAAGAAGGUUCUUCUGAAAUUGAAGGGAAAGUUUCAUAAGACGGUGGUCAGAUCAGCUAUGUUAUAUGGAACAGAAACAGCAAGUAUGAGGAAAACAGAGGAGAGGACGAUGGAUGUAGCAGAAAUGAGAAUGUUGAGAUAG